GAAGGAUUUCAUUCAGGGGUGGCACUCCAACAUGGCUAUCUCUGCCUUUUUACGCAAUCUCUGGGCAAUAAGAAAGUGGAUCUUUAUAUUGCUGGCGUUCUUGUUACCAUGUCAACUUAUUAUUACAAGAACAAAUAUUUGCAUGGUAGAUGAUAAAUGCUGUUUUAACACAUUGAUGUCACGAUGUGCUUACGUCAUCAUUGUCAUGGCAAUCCUAUGGGUAACAGAAGCGCUUCCAAUCGCCGCCACUGCCUUUGUGCCUAUAUUCCUUCUCCCCAUGCUGGGUGUACAAAAUGGAAGAGAUGUCUCCAAAAAUUAUGUCAAUGAUACGAGUAUUUUAUUCCUGGGUGGACUAUUUAUAGCAGCAGCCAUGGAGGAUGUUAACCUUCACAGACGUAUUGCUGUAGGGGUCAUGCGAGUUCUAGGCUCAAGAGUCAACACGUUGAUGCUGGGUCUGAUGCUCCCUACCUGGUUCCUGUCUAUGUGGAUCAGCAACACGGCGGCCACCUCCAUGAUGUUACCAAUACUGAUGGCCAUCACGGAGCAGAUGGAAAAACUGGAAAAGAUACAGCAAGUUGACCCUGAGGACACUGCCGACAAGAACGGAGUCGUCAUGGUGGAUAAUGUUAUUCUGGAGAUAGAAGAGAAAUCUGAAGUCGGAGAGCCAAAUGACGAUUUGAAGUGGAUGUCUAAAGGUUUCGCUCUUUGUGUGGCUUACGGGGCAAACAUUGGAGGGAUAGCGACCCUGACUGGGACGCCGCCCAACUUAGUGCUUCAGGGUCAGGCAGACAUUUUUUAUGCUAAGUAUGGUGAGGCAGGCUCCGGAAUAACCUAUGUAAACUGGAUGGGACUAGCCCUGCCUAUGUCUGUAAUGUUACUAAUCCUGGCCUGGCUAUAUCUGCAAAUUGUAUUCCUCCGUGGAAAGUGCUUUGAAAGAACAGAUAAGAUUAGGAAGAAAGCCAUACAAACAGCGGUACUGAAAGAAUGGAAAGACCUCGGCAAAAUGAAAUUCGCAGAGAUUGAGGUCUUUAUCCUCUUUUGUGUGCUGGCGUUGCUUUGGGUAUUUAGGAGUUUACCGGAUGUAGGAGGAUGGGGAGACCUAUUUAUGGAUGUCAGUACCGGGAAAACAUCGACAGCACGUGAUUCUACAGCGGCCAUCUUUGUAGCAUGUCUUCUGUUCAUUCUUCCAAGAGAAAAACCAAACGUUUUCUGUCUUUUCAAAAAGUCUGAAAAAAAUCAAAAACCUGGAUAUAGACCUAUCCUGACGUGGAGUGCAGCUCAAAGUAAAGUGUCUUGGGGUGUGAUCUUCCUCCUGGGUGGAGGGUUCGCUCUGGCCAACGCAGCCUCGAUAUCUGGUCUAACGUCUUAUAUUGGAUGUGAACUGAAAGUGUUUGAGAACUUGGAUCCCUGGAUUAUGAACUUGUUGGUGUGUCUGUUAGUGUCGGCUGUUACAGAAAUCACCAGCAACACUGCCAUAGCAUCUCUUAUUAUGCCAAUUAUAUUUGAGCUGGCGAUCUCUGUUGGACUUCAUCCCCUUUAUUUGAUGAUAUCCGCAACCAUCGCAUGUUCAUUUGCCUUCUGUCUUCCAGUAGCCACGCCCCCAAACGCCAUCGUUUUUUCCUCUGGAUUCAUCAAAAUACCCGAAAUGUUUCUGACUGGUAUAUUUAUGAACAUUAUCGCCAUUUUGACUCUUACUCUUGCAAUCAACACCUGGGGAUCAGCAAUAUACGACUUAAAUACCAUGCCAGCUAUCUUUGCAGCUAAAAUUGCCAACAGUUCUGGCGGAAAUCUUUCUGCAGCAUCGCUACCAUUCAGUACAACAGUCAUGUAUACAACCAGUGUAGACUCCCUGACAACUACGUAGAAGUGUAUUCAGAUCCACACGUAUAUGUUUCUCAGAAUUUGACAUUGCGCCAUCUCGUUUUAUUUUUAAGAAUAUUUAUUCAAUGUUAAAAUUUAUACAGCUCAUUACUGCUAAUAUACCCAAGGAACUCUGUAAUCUUGUAGGAUAUUUUUUAAAAGAUUUUGAAAAGAAAUUACUAACAAUUCAUAAAUCUGCCUCUACGUCUAAUAUUAAAUUUGUUACAUUUGUAAAAUAAUUUUGUGUAAUUAUUGUUGUAUAUCCUCUGUCAUGCAUCAUCAUUAUCAUCAUUUGUUGUUGUUGUUGUUGUUCUCUAUCACUUUAAAAUCUAUGUACAACCGUU